UUAGCGGUGGAGACUCCUUAGCUGUUGCUUUUAUCUACUGAGAAAUUUGGAGGGUGAAAAAGAGAAAAAAAAAAAAAAAAAACAUUCACUGAAAUCAACAAAACGAAGAAGCUAAUGUUAUCUCCAUUAUUAACAAGAAACAUAGUAAAAUUGUACUAAAAUUGUUAUAAUAAUAGUUGUUUUGUAGUAAUUCAUUACAAGCAAUGGAGGUCGGAAGGAACUUGCUUUCCCCACCUCCAUCAUUCCCUUCAAGAACCCAUCUCAGGAAUUACCUUCCUUCUUCUUCUUCUGCUUCCACUUCAGCAAACGUAGCUACAGGCAUAACUUCCAUGCCAGCUACUUCAAUUGCUCAGCCUUUUUCUACCUCUGUUCUUUUACAAGAGCAGCGUGAUGAGUUCAAACCUCUGUUACGUGUAAACAAGGAAGAUAAAACAUCCCAGGGAGUGUUAAACAGAAGGCAGAAUGAUUCUGGGGCCUUAGUCCAUGAAGAUACCCUUGAGGACUACAACCAGUUUGUGUGGGAAUUUGAGCGCCCAUCUGUUCAUUGGCCUGGUUUUUGGCAUGUAUUACCAUCCUUAAAAACAAAGGUGAAGCUUUCUUCAUCUUUGACAAUGGAGACUACGAUGGGUAGUUGCACAAAGGAUGUGGAUGUUGAAGUGUCUGAUGCAAUUGCACUAGCUAAGAAAGCUUUGAUGGCAUCAAAAGAAGCAGCAUCAUUAGCUGAAGAGUCCAAAUUAGUUGGAACUGAUUCGGAUGAUAUGCUUUCUGUGAGCUUUUUAGGCAAGGGGGACAAAACUGUAAGGUCAACACGACUUCUAGAGAGGCGAUCUAAGAGGCGGAAGGUGCCUGAGUCGUCUGUUCUGUUUUAUGAGAACCCUAGGAAUAGAGCUGCUGACAUUCGGAAAAGGUUAAGCGAAGGAUUAAAUUCAGAUGAUCCCCUUCGGUUGUUCUUGGCAGGUCCUGAAACAAGACAACUUUUGACUUUUGAAGAAGAGUCUGAAUUGAUUGCUCAAGUACAGGAUUUGAUAAAACUAGAACAAGUCAAGGCCAGGCUUCAAUCCGAGUUUGGUCGUGAGCCAACUUUGGUCGAGUGGGCAGAAGCAGUUGGGCUUAGUUGUAGGAUCUUGCAGUCACAAAUUCAAUCUGGUACAAGCAGCAGAGAAAAACUGAUCUGCGCCAACUUACGCUUGGUGGUUCAUAUCGCUAAACAAUAUCAGGGUCGAGGUGUUGGCAUUCAAGACUUAAUGCAGGAGGGAAGUAUGGGCCUUAUGAAGAGUGUCGAGAAAUUCAAACCCCAAGUUGGUUGUCGAUUUGCUUCUUAUGCAUAUUGGUGGAUAAGGCAAACGGUUAGGAAGGCCAUAUUUCAACAUUCCCGGACUAUUCGUUUACCAGAGAACGUGUAUACUCUGCUUGGCAAGGUAUUGGAAGCGAAAAGAUCAUCCAUUCAGGAAGGAAAUCACAAUCCGUCGAAAGAAGAUCUAGCAACACGUGUUGGAAUCACAGUUGAAAAGUUGAAUAAGUUGCUAUAUAUGACAAGAAUUCCACUUUCAAUGCAACAACCUGUGUGGGCAGACCAAAGCACCACUUUCCAGGAAGUAACUGCAGACACGAGGAUUGAGAUCCCAGAUGUGAGUGUGGCGAAGCAGAUGAUGAGGCAGCAUGUGCGCGGUCUCUUAAGAUCUCUCAACGUUCGAGAGCGGCAGAUAAUCAGGCUAAGAUUCGGCAUUGAAGAUGGCAAUCAGAAAUCGUUAUCGGAAAUUGGUAGAAUGUAUGGACUGUCCAAGGAGAGGGUGCGGCAGCUGGAGAGCCGAGCGCUCUACAAGUUGAAGCAGUGCCUCGGAAGCCAGGAUCUUGAGGCAUAUGCUGAUUUAAUAGUUUGAGUUGUAAAUUGGAAGUCAGUUGCCAAUCAUCCAAGCUUUUGGAGGUGAAAUAUGUACAGCAAAUUGUGGCUUCAAACUAGGAGAGGGAUCCAAAAUGAGCAUAUUCUUUUUCUUCGGUCUUAAAACUCUUGCUUACCUUACAGCUUAUUUUAAACGCUUCAAAUGUAUGAUUUUAGUCAUUUUGUGUAAUUGAAAAGGUGAAUAUUCUGUUUCUUAAUGUAUAUUUUGCAACUUUUUUGUC